AUGGGGAGCCCUCUGAAGUUCAAGGUCCUCAUUCUCAACCCCAACAGCUCCGGAGCGAUGACGGAGGGGAUGAAGACGGCCGUCUCCAGAAUGGCACUUUGCGAGAACUUGGACAUUUUCACAUACACCGCUCCCAACUUUGCACCUGACAGCAUCAAUGAUGACGAGGGGAUACAAGCCAGCACCGAAGCUGUCAUGUCAGACAUUCUGUCCGGUAAUCUCAACCCAAACAGCUACGAUGCCAUUCUUGUCGCAUGCUUUAGCGUCCACACCCUCGUGUCGAAACUCUCUUCGAUGACUAGAGCCGCCGUGACCGGUAUUUUUGAAGCUAGCCUACUUACGUCGCUCUCCAUCAUUGCACCACCAGGCGGGAGCGAGUCGUGGGGCAUUGUCACUACAGGGGCCUUUUGGGAGAAACAUCUCGGUGACGGGGUAAAAGCAUUCUUGGGGCAGGCUGCCGCACAGACAAAUGAUCGGUUUGCGGGUACCUUCUCCAGCGGACUGACAGCAGGCGACUUCCACACUGUGUCGCCUGCACAAGUUCAGGCCAAAUUAAAGGACGCCACUGCUCGUCUACUGAAAUCUUCUGAAGUUGGUUGUGUUGUCAUGGGAUGUGGCGGAAUGGCUGGGUUAGAGAGCAUCAUUCGAGAUACUGCUAUCGAGGUAUACGGACAGGAGCGAGGCCAGUCCGUCUAUAUUGUUGACGGUGUUCGAGCUGGUCUCUUGCAGCUCUACCAGAUCAUGCUCAGUAGACGCGAGUUUGCGUGA